GUGGCACUUCUGUUACAAUUCCUCGCACCCCCUGCGUCAGCUUUGCCCUAUAGAUCCUCACGAUACAUCGACAAAUUAUGUCAGAUGUCAUCUAUUUACGACAAAACCUUCUGCUUGCACACCUUGACUGGCUAUCACGCUGCGGUGUAUGCCGGAGACUCGGUUACACUUGCAGAAUUCGUGGUCACCGAUCUUCUGGUACCCCAACUCCGGAGGGCAGUACGUUAUGCACUACUACUCACAUCAAGAAAGGAGCCGCCAAGUUUAAAGGCACAGUUCGUUAGGAGCCAUCUAUACCUUAGAAAUAUUGGAUACGGUCUAGGAAGAGCCUUUUUUGAACUAAGGGUAUCCCCGCGUAUGGCAAACCAUGAUGUUUUGAUUUGUACCGACCUAAUUACCAAAGUGAUGUAUAUGCUCGGGAGAAACCAAGACGUUGCUUCGAAGACUCUCAUUGAGAUGAUAAUGAAAUUGAAGAAGCUCUUUCCUCUUGGUAUUGCAGCCACACAAGCUCUUGCCGAAUGAAGACGAAGAUGAGAACAUAUUACCAUUGGGCAUGUCUUAAUUAUAUGAUUGAAAACUAUAUAUUUCAAUAUAUACUUUAUAAUAUAA